GAUGUUCAAGUACCAGUAUGUCCACUGUGUAAUAAACCUGUACCUGUAAAUCGUGGAGAACCUCCUGACAUCAAGGUAAAAUUUUGUACAUUUUAAUUAAUAGAGCAUCCGAGCAUGCCUUGAAAAUUACGUCGGCGAUGUUUUGUCGUUUUGAGGCUGGUUGUAUAAAACUCCUAACUACUUUUUAACCACUAUUUCGUGUUAAAAAGUAGUUAACUAUAGGUGCAUGUUGCUUGCAUAUAGCUUGCAAGCGAGGCGAGUCAGCUUGAAAUUUCAGGAAAGCAGGUAUAUGUAGCCUGCUCGCAGCCCGAAAUUUUGGUAAAUUGGGAUUGCAUUCUGCUGAACUGGAGUGUUAAUCAUGUAUAAUCAGUAUUAUACAGUAUUAUCAACCUGGCCUUGGCGAAAAUCACGCUAAUGUCGCCACAGCGAGUGUAAAAAUUGACAUGAAAUUAUUGCGAAAUUGAAAGUUUCUAUUUUUACCAUUCUGUAAUAUAAGGUGUUAAGAGUCUUCUGUACCCAGGGUACUUAUGCCUGGUUCACACUGCAUGGUCGGAAGAAUCGGGGAUUUCCAUUGUAUGUGAUCAUUGGUGUGUACAAUGCUUUGUCUGUCGGAAAAGGAUACAAUAGAUCGCCGAUGAAUUACGACCAGUGUGAACCAGGCUUUAUUACACUCUAAAAACUCCAUGGCUAAAUUUUUCUGGUUAAUCUAAAAUUAACACUAUUUGUAGUAACUUAAUGUUCCUGGUUAAUUUAUCAUAGUCCUAGCUAAAAUUAACCAGAUUAACAUGUUAGAUUAACCAAGAAUUCCUGGUUAAUAAUCCACAUAAUUCAACUGGUUAAUAAUAAUCGGGUUAAUUCAAGCAUAUAUAUGUUUACAGCCUCGUUAAAUUAACAAGGGAACCUGGUUAAAUCAGCCACGAUGAUUCCUGGUUAAUUCAAGCGAUCACAUUAUCCAGGACUGUGGUUAAAUUAACCAUGCAGGAAAUGUUCAAUUACUAAUUAAUAAUAAUUGCAUGUACAUGUUUUGUAGGUUGGUGAACACAUUGAUCGUGAUUGUGAAUCGGACCCAGCUAAAGAAAAACGCAAAGUAAAUAUACUUAUGAUUUAUCACAUACAUAUUUCAGAAUCUUAUAUCUUGCAUGUUUUAUUAUGAACGUGAUGCAAACAUGAACGUAGUGUACACAAACAAUUCCGUGAAAUUCAAAGAGUUUGGAAACGAGAUCAAAAAUAUUUAUAGUAUACAAAUAAUGAAUGUUUAUGAGUGCAAUGGUAAGAAUAUUUUCAUGAGGUGAAAGAUGGAAUGUUCCAUUCAACGAGGCGACAGCCGAGUUGAAUGGAACAUUCCAUCUUUCACCGAAUGAAAAUAUUCUUACCAUUGCACGAAGAAACAUUCAUUAUUUGUUUUAUAUAAUACCAAAAUAGACUAAUAGAUUCGUAUGAGAAGCAUUUUGAGGGAUGCGAUUUAUCGAAAACACAAAGAGUGCAAUUGUACUAUACGUUUUAUUCCAUUGCACUCGCGGAGAGUGCAAUGGAACGUUCCAUUGCACUCUUGGGAAAUGGAAUUUUCUAUUCAAUAUCACGUGACUAUAAACAGCCAAUUAAAUGAUUAGAAUUUAAUAAGGUAUUAUAUAAUAACUUUUAUGGUUUGUUCAAGAUGUCAUUUUGUUUCAAAGUUCAUGAAUUUAUGUAAAAUGGCAAGGGCAGGCUGUUUUAUUAUGAAAAAAUUUCGACACAUCAACUAGUCGACAACCUCGUUUCCAUGUUUGCGCAGUUUUUCAAGAUUUCAUUCUCCACUCGUCCUUCGUCGGACUGCACCAAUUUUGAUAAUCAACGACACUGUUUCGUGCAUAUUUAUAUAUUCCACGCUGCUCCCGACAUUUUAUUAUAUAAUUUAUUCAAUAAAUGAGGACAACCUCGUACCCAGGCUCUUCCUUGUAGAGGAAAAUGAGGAUUGUUCUUUAAUUCUUUUGUGUAGCUAAAUUCCAACAGAUGUUCUGCAAAGGGCUGCAAGAAGAAAGAAGUUAGUAUGUUUUGAAUCGCACAUAUUUAUAGAAGCGAGAGAAUUAGCUAGACUGUACACUUGAAUAUUUUACAGUGCAUGGUUGACAAAUACAGUAGAACAUUGCUAACUCGAACUCCGAAGGCAAGCGAAAAAUUCUUCGAGUCAGCGGGGUUGGAGUUAACGGGGUUCGUGUUGGAUUGCUUUUAUUAUGUUAAUAAUGGAUAGAGUAUAGUCGUUUUAUUAUUCUAAAGAACUUACAAAGUUUGUACUAUUGUUAAACAGUCCAACAGUGCCUAUAAUAUAUUAGAUCGGUAAUGAUCGACGCAACUCGUUGAACCUUUUAUUACGUUUGAAUAGACUAUAUACAAAUAAAUGGUUGUUGUCUGAAUAAAAUCCAAGCUUCUGACUUGUCAAUGUGCUAUGUUCUGACAUUUUGAGGCUUGCCUAACCACGUCUCAAAAAUACAGUUUGAGUUAACAGGGUAAAUUUGACCAAGGGAAAAUGAAAUUUGUUCUAGUUAACCGGAGUAAAUUACUGUAAAAAUUGGGUCAAAUCCAGGGGAAAUUGAAUUUAGUUCGAGUUAGCGGGGUUCUACUGUAAGGGUGUAUACCCUAAACUUACUAUUGAGGGCGCUUAGUAGUAUAGACUUACGGUAGAUAUUUCCACUGAUUUCGGGAAUACAUAAUAGUCUGGCCUCCGUAAAGGAGACGGUGAUUCGCUGUUUCGAGAGGAAUACACGAUGGAAAACAACUUCUCGCCCCCGUGCCAUUUCAGCCCUUCCCUUUCCCGUAUACCCCAUGUUAGGUGUAAUAUAGUUGGACGCCAUACACAGAGCGACUUGCAUGCAACACUAACAGCAUUCCUGUACUCCAUAUAUGAUAAUAACUUGCAGUUCCAUACAUUAUCUAGUUAGUACCUGUGCUAUGUGAUUCGUGUAGAAGAAACUAUUGCCUACGUCAUCGACAUCCUCAAGAUCAUGACUGCGCAACAGCAAGGACAGCGAAUUAUCUGUAA